GGCACCCCACAUGGCUGGCUCUCCACAGUAUUUCCGCCCUACACAGCCAGCUCUAAAAAGUAUAGCUGCACUACACGGCCGGCUCUCGGAAGUAUUGGCGCCCUGUGCCUCCAGCUCUCAAAAGAAUUGAUGCCCAUCGCCUCCAGCUCUCAAAAGUAUUGGCACCCUACGCCGUCAACUGUCAAAAGUAUUGGCACUCUACGCUUCCGGCUAUCGAAAGUAUUGGCGCCUGAUCCGAAUUUUGCCAUGGCAAGCAGCACACAUUUUCUUCAGGAAAUAAAAUGUUUGAAGGAUUUUUACACGCACCCCUGCUCUCAUCAGACAGAACCUCGAUUGGGAAACACUGGAAUAAGCAGGUAGACAGUGAAAGUGAAAGUCAGUCUCCAUUUUGUGUGGAGGGGAAAAUACACCAUUUCAGGAGUAAAAACACAAGACUAUUUCCUGUAAGUGAACUCUGUGCUGAUACAGGGUUUGAUUUAACACACCGAUGUUGGAGUGAAGUAAACGUGUGUCCUGCUGUAAUCUGGAGAAGGAGACAUGACCUCCAACAUGAGUGUGUCUGGAGAACAGGACUUAAAGAGAGACGAGAGAAUGAUGGAGGGAAAGAGAUCAGACUCACCAGAACCCAGCUGUGUGUCCAUGAAGAGUGACGAGUCAAUGGAGCAUCCAUUUACCUUCAGAGACAGAGCCAAUUCUCCUGAUGUGAGACCACAACAGAAGAAAUCAAACCUCAGCAGAAAUCAGUUGGACUCCAUAUUCAAGGUGCUGGAACACAAAGUCAUCACUCUGAUAAAGAAUGAGCUGGAGAGGUUUAGGAAGCUCCUGAGUCCAGAUUACCCAGCAUGCACUGAGAGGGAGGUGCAGGAUGAGGAGGAUCUGCACAGUGUCAGAGACGGAGCGCUGAAGAUCACACUGCACGUCCUGAAGAACAUGAACCACACAGAUCUCGCUAACACACUGCACAACAAGUCUGUGGCCCCUGUGUAUCAGGCAAAUUUGAAAUCCAGCCUGAGAGAGAAGUUUAAAAGAAUUAAUGAAGGAAUCUCACAGCAUGGAAGCUCAGCACUUCUGAAUGAGAUCUACACAGAGCUCUACAUCACAGAGGGUUGGAGUGGAGACGUCAAUAAUGAACAUGAGGUGAGACAGAUUGAGACAGCGUCCAGGAGACCAGCAACACAGGAGACACCCAUCAAAUGUAAUGAUCUCUUUAAAGACAAGUCCAUCAGAAGUGUUCUGACUAAAGGAGUUGCUGGAAUUGGAAAAACAGUCUCUGUGCAGAAGUUCAUUCUGGACUGGACUGAAGGAAACGCAAAUCAGGACGUCACCUUCAUGUUUCCACUUCCCUUUAGAGAGCUGAAUCUGAUGAAGCAGAAACAUCUCAGUCUGAUGGAUCUUCUUCAUCACUUUUUCCCUGAAAUAAGAAAACUAGAAGUAAUAGACUGUGACUCCUACAAAGUGGUGUUGAUCUUUGAUGGUCUGGAUGAGUGUCGACUUCCUCUAAAUUUCCAGAAGAAUGAGAGACUGUGUGAUGUGACAGAGUCAGCCUCAGUGGAUGUGCUGCUGACAAACCUCAUCAAGGGGAAUCUGCUUCCCUCUGCUCUCCUCUGGAUAACCUCUCGACCAGGAGCAGCCAAUCAGAUCCCUCCUGAGUGUGUAGACCAGGUAACAGAGGUACGAGGGUUCAGUGAUCCUCAGAAAGAGGAGUACUUCAGGAAGAGGAUCAGUGAUCAGAGCCUGGCCAAUAAAAUCAUCUCACACAUGAAGUCUUCAAGAAGCCUCUACAUCAUGUGCCACAUCCCAGUCUUCUGCUGGAUCUCAGCCACUGUUCUAGAGAGAAUGUUGGGUGGAGCAGAGCGUGGAGAGGUCCCCAAGACUCUGACUCAAAUGUUCACACACUUCCUGAUCUUUCAGAUCAAACACAAGGACCAAAAGUACCAUCAGAAAUGUGACCCUGAUCCUCAGCAGACCAGAGAGAGUAUCCUGGCACUGGGAGAACUGGCUUUCCAACAGCUGGAGAAAGGAAACCUGAUCUUCUAUGAGGAAGACCUGAGAGAGUGUGGCAUUGAUGUCGGAGAAGUGUCGGUGUACUCAGGAGUGUGUACCCAAAUCUUCAGAGAGGAGUUUGGGCUUCACCUGGGGAAGGUGUUCAGCUUUGUACAUCUGAGUGUUCAGGAGUUUCUGGCUGCUUUAUACACGUUUCUCUCCUUCAUCAGCAGAAAUGUGACAGAACAACCAACCACUGAUCUGUCUGAUCUUCUCAACAAGUCAGACAUGUCUGAUCUCCUCAGGAGUGCAGUGAACAAGGCCUUACAGAGUGAGAAUGGACACCUGGACCUGUUCCUCCGCUUCCUUCUGGGUCUCUCACUGGAGUCCAAUCAGACUCUCUUACGAGGCUUAAUGCCCCAGACAGGAAGCAGCUCUCACAGCAAACAGGAAACAGUCGAGUACAUCAAGGAGAAGAUCAGGGAGAAUCCAUCUCCAGAGAAAUCCAUCAAUCUGUUCCACUGUCUGAAUGAACUGAAUGAUCAUUCUCUAGUGCAGGAAGUACAGACUUACCUGAACAGAGGAGGUUACAGGUGUCUCAGUGGAACCAGACUCUCUCCUGCUCAGUGGUCAGCUCUGGUGUUUGUGUUACUGAACUCAGAUCAGGAGCUGGAUGUGUUUGAUUUGAGGAAAUAUGACCCAUCAGAGGAAUGUCUUCUGAAGCUGCUGCCAGUGGUCAAAGCCUCCAGAAGAGCUGAGCUGUGUGUGUGUGAUCUGACAGAGGAAAGCUGUAGAGUUCUGUCCUCAGUUCUCAGAUCAAACUCCUCCAGACUGAGAGAACUGGACCUGAGUGACAAUAACCUGCAGGAUUCAGGAGUGAAGCUGCUCUCUGCUGGACUGGAGAAUCCACACUGUACACUGGAGAUACUGAGUCUGUGUGUGUGUGAUCUGACAGAGGAAAGCUGUAGAGUUCUGUCCUCAGUUCUCAGAUCAAACUCCAGACUGAGAGAACUGAACCUGAGUGACAAUAACCUGCAGGAUUCAGGAGUGAAGCUGCUCUCUGCUGGACUGGAGAAUCCACACUGUACACUGGAGAUACUGAGUCUGCGUGUGUGUGAUCUGACAGAGGAAAGCUGUAGAGUUCUGUCCUCAGUUCUCAGAUCAAACUCCUCCAGACUGAGAGAACUGAACCUGAGUCACAAUAACCUGCAGGAUUCAGGAGUGAAGCUGCUCUCUGCUGGACUGGAGAAUCCACACUGUACACUGGAGAUACUGAGGUUGUGUGAGUGUGAUCUGACAGAGGAAAGCUGUAGAGUUCUGUCCUCAGUUCUCAGAUCAAACUCCUCCAGACUGAGAGAACUGAACCUGAGUGACAAUAACCUGCAGGAUUCAGGAGUGAAGCUGCUCUCUGCUGGACUGGAGAAUCCACACUGUACACUGGAGAUACUGAGUCUGUGGGGGUGUAAACUAACAGAGGAAAGCUGUAGAGUUCUGUCCUCAGUUCUCAGAUCAAACUCCUCCAGACUGAGAGAACUGGACCUGAGUCACAAUAACCUGCAGGAUUCAGGAGUGAAGCUGCUCUCUGCUGGACUGGAGGAUCCACACUGUACACUGGAGAUACUGAGGUACACACACACACAGUCACACAGAGACGAAGGGUUUAUGGGGAAAAACUUCGAAGGGACUGUCGAGAAGACAGCUAUGAGGAAAGAAGGAGAAAGGUUCGAGAGGCUGAGGUUUGAUCUGACCUUCAGACCAGAGGGGACUUCAAUAUCCUUUACAGAAAUGCUGACCAGUAACCACACCAUCUGGCAGCCUGAGGAUUUCACAUUUGAACCUGAACAUGGCCCAACUCUGUAA